AUGCCUAGAGAAUUUGUAAUUGGAGAGCUGAACUGGCCUGAGAAGCCAGAGAAGGCUUCCCUGAAGAAUAGUUCAAAGCUGUCUGCCAAGAUUAAAGAGGACCUGGUGUUCCAACGCUUCACCAAGUUCACAAUUAAAGAUUUCCACAACAUAUUCACAGACUUGAUUGAGCAGGUAAAGAAGCAGACCUCAGUAGCCUAUCUGCUGGCCUCCUUCAAUGACCAGAGCACCUGCAACUACCUGGUAGUUUACCAGCAGCUGCUCACUUCAGGCCACCUGCAGCAUAACAGCAAGUUUUCUGAGUACUACAUCAAGGGUGUGUGAACUGUGAAGGAGUUCUGCCAUCAGGAGGUGGAGCCCAUGUGCAACAAGACUGAUCACAUCUACAUUAUCACGCUGGCCCAGGCCUUCAGCGUCUCCAUCCAGAUGGAGGACAUAGACCAUGGUGAAGACAACACCACCAGUCUGCACAUUUCCUCUGAGGGCUCUGAGCCAAAGUUCUACCUUCUCAGCUGGCCUGGACACUACAGUAUCCUACUGUGUUAA